GCCCACGUUUGCUUUCCUGGAUGCACCCACUAUCAAUGAUGGCGCAUGUAUGAGUGGUACUACAGAGAACUGCAGUAUGAGUAAACGCACGCGUCACUAGUAGUAAAAAUGGCGUCGGCGGAUGUAGAGCGUAUAAAGUUGGAAUCCUCUUUGCGUAAUUUGAAAUUAUCCGGUCACGUUGGAUUCGAUAGUCUUCCGGAUCAAUUGGUGAAUAAAUCAGUUCAAAAUGGAUUUGUGUUCAACAUCCUCUGUAUUGGUGAGACAGGGCUUGGAAAGUCUACUCUCAUGGAUUCCCUUUUCAAUACAAGUUUUGAGUCUACUCCAAGUCCACAUAAUCUACCAUCUGUGAAGCUUAAAGCUCACACAUAUGAAUUACAAGAGAGCAAUGUUCGGCUGAAGCUUACUAUUGUCGAUACAGUUGGAUACGGUGAUCAGAUUAAUAAGGAAGAUAGCUUCAAAGCAGUUGUUGAUUACAUUGAUGCCCAGUUCGAGGCAUACUUGCAGGAAGAGUUGAAAAUAAAACGCUCUCUGGCAACAUACCAUGAUAGUCGUAUUCAUGUUUGUCUAUAUUUUAUUUGCCCUACUGGUCAUGGAUUAAAAUCCAUCGACCUUGUGUGUAUGAAAAAACUUGACACAAAAGUUAACAUCAUUCCAAUUAUUGCUAAAGCUGACACAAUAUCUAAAACAGAAUUACAAAAGUUCAAGGGUAAGAUUAUAUCCGAAUUACAAAAUAACGGAGUUCAUAUUUAUCAAUUUCCUACCGAUGACGAAAGUGUAUCGGAAGUAAAUUGUAGCAUGAAUGCGCACGUACCUUUCGCAGUAGUCGGUAGCACCGACUUCGUUAGAGUUGGAAACAAAAUGAUGCGCUCUCGACAAUAUCCAUGGGGCACGGUGCAAGUGGAAAACGAAUCCCAUUGCGACUUCGUCAAAUUGCGUGAAAUGUUAAUAAGAACAAAUAUGGAAGACAUGAGGGAGAAAACGCAUUGUCGUCAUUACGAACUAUAUCGUAAAAAGCGAUUAGAACAGAUGGGAUUUAGCGAUGUUGAUAGUGAAAAUAAACCAGUUAGUUUUCAACAGACCUGCGAAGCAAAGAGAUCCAUCCAUUUGCAAGAGCUCCAACAGAAGGAGGAUGAAAUGCGGCAGAUGUUCGUGGCACGGGUGAAAGAGAAGGAAGCUGAAUUGAAAGAAGCCGAGAAGGAGCUUCACAACAAAUUCGAUAAACUGAAAAAAGAUCACACGGAAGAGAAGAAAAAGGUGGAGGAGAGCAGAAAGAAACUCGAGGACGAUAUUAUAGAAUUAAACAAACGAAAGAUACAGUACUCUCAACUCCAUCAUACGCUAACGCUAGGAAAAAGCAAGAAGAAAUAAAAACGUUCACCAUUGACGAUACAUCUUGUAACAAAUGAAUACAACUAAAUAAAUACGACGCCUCACAUACAUUCUAACUCUAUACGAGUAUUAUUAUUUUAACUACUUGACGGAUGAAGUUGAUCAUUAAAUUCUCCAAAGUUCACGAGCGCUGAAACUUCUAUCGUCUUCUUAUAUGAAUUAUGUAUAAUUGUAGGUUUUACUUGUGUCAGACUGAUUAUUAUGACCACAGUGAUGUUUACCAAACUUAAUUUACUUUUUGUAUUAACAUGUGCACCUUAAGGAAAGUAAAAAUAUAUUUGUUACUUAUA